AAAUAAAAUAAUAAGAAGUGCAAGAAGAGCGGCAUUCUCCUCGUGUGCAGGCUGUCACUCACGGUUGCCUAACUAACUGCCUCUAACACACACGCUGCUUCAUUACUUCACCCAAUAACCCACACGCUUUUUCACCUUCAGCAACCAUAGGGGUGUUUCAGGGCGGUGUGUGCGGCGGCGGAAGCAGCGGCAGCGGCGGAGGCGAGGAGAGAGAUAACAACAUGGGCGGAGGAGCAUCAGGAAGACUACCUACUUGGAAGGAGAGAGAAAAUAACAAAAAGAGAGAAAGGAGAAGACGAGCUAUUGCUGCUAAGAUCUUCACUGGUCUUCGUGCUCAGGGAAAUUAUAAACUCCCUAAACAUUGCGAUAAUAACGAGGUUUUGAAAGCUCUUUGUAGAGAAGCUGGUUGGAUUGUUGAAGAAGAUGGCACCACUUAUCGCAAGGGAUGCAACCCACCUCCAAUGGAUAUGGCAGGGACAUCGGCAAACAUUAGCGGGUGUUCUUCCCUUCAACAUAGUCCACAAUCAUCAGCAUACCCUAGCCCUAUACCUUCAUAUCAUGCUAGUCCAACAUCAUCCUCCUUCCCUAGCCCUUCACGUUAUGAUUCAAACCCGCGUUAUGAUUCAAACCCGUCAAAUUAUUUGCUACCUUUCCUUCGCAAUUUGGCUUCCAUUCCUACUAAUCUUCCACCAAUUCGGAUAUCAAACAGUGCACCUGUAACUCCCCCUUUAUCUUCCCCGACCUCUAGGGGGUCGAAGCGUAAAGUUGAGUGGGAAUCCCUGUCGAAUUCAAAUUGCUCUGGUUCCCAACAAUCUGCUGCUCGUAACCAGGCGUUUGCUGUUUCUGCACCAUCAAGCCCUACACGCCGCAACAACAUCAACACACCGACUAUACCAGAAUGUGACGAGUCUGAUGCCUCUACCGUUGAUUCUGGUAGAUGGGUGAGCUUCCAAACAGGCCCCCCCAGCUUAGGUACCGGUACUCCAACUUCUCCUACGUUUAAUCUUGUGAAACAAGCUGUUGCCCAAAGAAGUGCCAUGCAGGGGAUACUCAAUGGGACCAUGGCUCUAGGGUGGGGUGGUCCUAUGGAUCAGAGAGGACGUGGUCUGGAAUUUGAGUUUGGAAACGGUGCUGCCGUUAUGGCUUGGGAAGGAGAGAGAAUACAUGAAGUGAGCACCGAUGAUUUGGAGCUCACACUCGGUAAUAAUGCCAAUGCCAAAGCUAAAUGCUGAAGCCUGAAACCUGAAACCUGAAACCUGAAACUUGAAACUACUCCUGCAACUCUCAUGUUUGCCUCUGAAAUUGGUUUCUCCGGUAAAAAAAACUCAAUUGUACAGGUUUCCUAUAGAACGGAAGCCAUUUUCGGAGGCCUGAAGUUGCUGAAUCGUGGCAGAACAAGCGGAAUUUGGGUUAGUUUUUUACUCCCUACUGGAAAACUUGGGUAAGCAUAUUUAUGAUUUAUGACAUGAAACAGAACUUUUUAGCAAGAUAGAAGACACAACAUGUUAGUCAGUGUUGCUGUGUUGCGACUCCUGUGUUUGUGUUUCGAGUUUCUUGAGCAUAAAUGGUUGUUAAUACAAGGUUUUAUUUUGUAAGUUGUGACUUUCGAGUGAUGAAACUAGGUGUUGUCUAGGUUGGAUUUAGAGAGGCUUAGAACUGUUAGAACUUUCGGUAUAAGUUAUAUAGCAACUAGCGUAGUAAUUCUAAGCAGUCCUCCCAAAAAAAAAAAAAAUUGUGUUAUCUUUCAUUGUAAUAGCAGCAUCCAAUUUCUGUGAUGAUGAUUAUCCAUUUAACUAUUA